AUGGAGAACAAAACAUACACAGAUAUUCAAAAGUCAACAACACAGAUUCCUGAAGGUGAAAGAACAACUAUGAACAGCAGAUAUACAGAUAAACCAGACUAUUAUUCAGAAAGUGUAACUACUGGGAACCAUGAUCAUUAUCGUUCUUCUGAGGAUAAGACGACAAACGAAAUUCCCAGUUCAACGACCCUACCUCCAAGCCUCUCUACUCAUGGACAACAUGAAGUUUAUACAACUGGGGGUGCAUGGAUUACACACAGCUCUGAAACGCCAGCAAAACAUUCUGACAAUGAUGUGUACACAGAAACGACACCAUCACCAUUCGAUAUUUACAGUAGGGAGACAGGAAAUACAGCUCAUGAUGACGCCAGCUCAUCUGGUUACUCUACAGAAGAAGAGAAGUCAAUCAUCAGGACUUCUAGUCUAGAUGAGGACAGAGAAGAUGACAAUGGCGUUGAAGAUAUGUUUUCUUCAGUAAUGCCACAAAGCACUCUCAGACCACCACUGAAUGACUUUGAUGUAUCUAAUAAUGCAGAAAAGCAGGAAGAAGGAAGCGAUGGUAGUGACAAUGAAGUUAAAGCAGCAGUUUAUAAUUAUGCUGAUGAUUAUUAUAGUAUCCUCUAUCACUAUUUUCCUUAUUUUGAUUACACUGAUUAA